UCGUGCAAGAGACAAGGGUGUAAAAUUUGAAGUACAUUGGAGUGCUGAAGACCAACUAAUUGAGCCUAACGGUUCAAUGUUGGCAAGUUACAUUGGUUUCCUUGUUCGACAACAUAUUCCGAUUACAUGUGAUAAUUGGAGAAGUCCGGACUUGAAGGUUGGCAAAGAAAAAAUAUGGUCCGAGAUACAGAGAUCCUUUCACAUCGAUGAAAGCCGGCAAAAAUAUUGUAUUCAAUUGGCCGGAAAAAGACUCCGAGGAUUUCGAUCCUUUUUGUCCAACAAAUUUCUCAAGGAUGAGGAAGGAAAAUUUGUUGAAGCAGAACGACCAAUGAAGUAUGCCGAGAUUAUUUCAGCCGAUGAAUGGGAUAACUUUGUCGCCAAACGAAGAAACGAAAAAUUCCAUGUAAUGUCUAUUAAUUAUGGUAUUAUACAAUUGUUAAGUUACUUGGUUCUAAUAUGCCUUAAACUUUUUUAUCCAGGAAUUAAGUCUGGUCGAAGUACUUCAGCUGCUAAGUAG